AUGUUCAUUGAUUCGAAGUGUAGAGAUACCCGUAGACCAAAACUGUUGACUCAUUACCGAUACGAGCCGACCCGGGGAGCACAUGACAUCAUCCAGGAACUCCAAGUUAGAGCUCCAAUUCUUCCUGACUUCACCUCACCCGUCAAUCCAACCCCCCGUCCAACAAACCACCCUCUACCCAACCACCAAGAUGUUCCGCUUCGUACCAAACAGAGCAAAACCCUCGACCCAAUCACCCUCUUCCACUCACCCGCCCUCAAAGCCUCAACACGAACCCUCAACAUCCUCAAGCAAGCCUCUGCCACAGCCGGCGAAACCGCAACAGAAGACCAAGCCAGCGACCACUCCCAGCACGCGAAGCAGCAGCGCGGCGAGUUCGAGCUCGAGGUGACCACCGGCCCGCCGACGGCCGAUCAGCUGCGCAGUAUCCUGGAUUACAUUUCGCCUGUUAGCGGUGUCGGCGGACAGGGCGACAAGGUCACGUAUGCAGUUUCGGAGCUUGUGAAGGGCGCACGGGAUGCGGAGGAUGCGCUGAAGAAGUUUAAGGAGGAUAAUGAGAAUUUUGUUCGUCCUGUGACUGUUGACUGGGUUAACGGUCGGGCUGUUAUUGGUGAUCAUGAGUCUGAGAUUCUGCGCAUGGUCCGCCAGCUUCCUGACAAUUAG